AAUUAAUGGCAAGCUAGGAAUUUUUAGUGCUCGUGCUCAGUGGUGGUGGCUAAAUAUUUUGAUAAUUAGUUAAAUAUUUAUAAUAUUUCUGUUGUUUUGCUGUGUCUUUUUAAAAAGUGUAUUAAGUAGUGAUUGUGCAACGCGUAACACGUCUAUUAUUAAUGUUGGCAGAGAGCAAAACGAUAUGUCGGACAAUAAAAACAAUAAUCCUCCCGAAAGGGAACAAUUUGAUACUGCUGACAGCCAUUUAGCAUCAUCCAGCGAAGUGUCCAGUGUUGUAGGAAGUGUUAAAACUUCUAAGACAUCUCAGCGCAUAUCAUCAUCUUCAGAAAGACAAAUAAAGUUUGAGCGUGCACAGAAAUGUCUUGAAAAUGCAGCGCUCGUCUCUAAAAGGAUAAAGGAACAUCGAAAAGCAACUGCUGAACUAUUAGGAAGACCUUUUGAAGAUGAUGAUGGUGGGGAUACAGCUUCUGAAAUGGCAUCCACCAUGAGUGAAAGAACUGGCUACUCAGCAGCUACUGACACUUCCACUACUUUGUCAGUCCAGGAUGCUUUAAACAUUCCUGGUAUUAGUGAGAGUUUAGCGAACACCUUAAAACAAAAAGAGUUGCUCAUGGAAAGGAUAAGACAGUAUAAAGAGAUCAGCAAAAAACCUAUGACUAAACCGACAACAAUAAGGAGGGAAUCUACUGUUGAUACCAAAGUAGAAGUAAAAAAGUUUCAGCCAACAACAGACAACAGCGAUAUGACUCAACUUAUAAACACAAUCAAAGAGAAGGAAAAUGCAUUGAGCGUGAUUCAAGUCAAAAUGAGAGCAAUGGAAAAUACUAUUCUAGACCUACAGGAGAUGAUCAAUGAAAAGGACCAAAUUAUUGAAGCUAAAAAUAAAGCAACAACACUAAUAUCUGACAGCUUGAGUAAAAAAGAAAAAGACUCUUUGAUUCUACUUGAGGACACAAGGCAACAAAUGACAAAAAUGCAGGAGAAUUUUAUUUCCAUGGAAACUGAAUGGAAAGAAGAAAAACAGAAUUUAUUAAAAGAAAUAGCCAUGAAGGACGAAAAGAUCAGCAACCUAGAAGAAGCAAAUACAAUAUUAGAAACAUCUAGAUUUGAAAUAAGUGUUGCUCACUCUAAAUUAGUUGAACAAUUAGAACUAAAGAAUCAAGAAAUAACAAAAUUACAAGAAAAGAUUGAGGAAUUAUCUCACAUACCUAUUGAUCAACCAUCUCCUAAAGAAAAAGACGAUGUUGAAGAAGAGAAGGGUUCUCUUGAAAUAGCAGGUAUGGUUGAGUUGACAAAGAAAAUUGAAUUACUGGAGCAAUUGAAUUGUCAAAUCAGGCAAACAAAUAAGGAACUUGAGAAUAAACUAGCAACUGUAAAUACUGAACCUAAAUCACCAAGUAGCACUGCUGCAGGCAAAAAAGGAAGUCCCCUGCCUACUCGCAAAGGCGGCCGUAAUACAGCAGCGAAAGUAAAAUCUCCCUGGAGUCAACUAUCUUCAGAGUCGUUACCACAGGAAACAGAUAAAAAAGCAGCUAAAACUGAAAUUGCACGAUUAGAAAUGCUAGUGCAAUCCCUCAAUAAAGACAUUUUGGAAAAAGAAUAUGCAAUAUCACAAAAAGAUGCAUUAAUUACUGAACUACAAGCUGUUCCUGUGGUUAAAGAACAAAAGAAAUCUGUAGAUAUGGUUGAUGUUGGGCUGAUCACUGACUUCCCAGAUGACAAUAAACUUGCAAAGGUGGAUAUAGAAGAGAAAAGACAGGAAAUAGCUUUAGAAUCGAUUCCUAUUGAUGCAAAUACACCCAUCGAAGUAAAAGAACUCCUUGAAAAGUUAAAAGCUGCUGAAGAGCAAAUUGCUAUCCUUAACAAUGAUAUCGACGCGGCUAACAAGAAUAUGAUCAAAGUAAAAUCUAACAAUAAAUUGAAACUAAAGCAGUUGCAGAAAACAAUCGAUAAUUUCAGCAAAGUAUCAGAUGCAAAUGCAGAGAUAGUAAAGCUGAAUGAGGAGUUACAUCAACUUUCUCAAAAAGUCGCCGAAUUAGAAGAAGAAAAGGGUAAUCUACAGUUACACCUUGUGGAUUACGACAGUGGCAGAUUGACUGAUUCGGACAUUUACAAAAAGAUGGUUGAAAUGGAAAAUCUAGCAGAAACAAGACUCAAAGCGAUAAGCGUUUUGGAGACUCAGAAAUUCGAUCUAGUCCAAGAGCUUCAUGUGUUGCAACAGAAAAAUAUUGAGAUGGAGGAUAAACUGGCAGAUAUAUCACAACUCCAAAAUGAGCAUGUUUGCACUGAAAUGAAGUCUGUCCAAAUGGAAGAACAGAUUGAUGAGCUGACAGCUGCUAAAAAUGAAUUAGAACUUGUUAUAGAAAACUUAAAACUAGAUAAAGAAUAUCUAAACGGAACUAUCAAAAUUCUUCAAGAUGAAAAGGAGGAGAUGACACAUAAGUUAGAAAAUUACAUCCAAGAAAAUAUGGAGCUCACUGAUAAACUUGAAAAACUGAGUGCUGAAAAAGUGAGCUCUGCAGAAUCAAUUGAAAUUGUUGAAUCUUUGACAACCCAAGAAAAACUUGAACUCGAAGAAUACAACAAAGGUAUUAUUGAAGACAAAAUCGACGACCAUCAUGAAGAAAAUGUUGUGCCUGAAAAUGAUAAAAAUAUCGAUAGUUUGAUUGAACAAAGAGAAGAAUUAAAUACCAAAAUUGAAUUAUUUACCCAAGAAAGACAGGAAGUUAUGGAAAAAAUGAGUAAAAUCGGGACAGAAAAUGAAUCAUUAGUAGAAAAAAUUGCGGCAUUGAACAAUCAAUGCACUGAUUUACAAAACAGUAUAGACAUGCUAAGCAACGAAAAGCAAGAACUACAGGAGCUAAACCAAGACCUUACACGUCAGAUAGAAGAGCUGAAACGUGAAAGGAUUGAAAUAGUGAAAGAGACUGCUGAAGCAGCCAAACCAUCUACUGAAGACGUGACUGACGGAGUACCCGUUGAGACUCACCACGAUGAUAAGUCUGCUGGCGAUAAAGGAAAUAAAGGAGCCAAAACUGUGAAACAACUAACAAAAGAAAUACUUAAACUGAAGAAUACUAUCAAAGAGAGAGAAGACGAAAUAGGUGAUUGCCAGAUGAAGAUAUUGUCCAUGGAAGAGCAACAGCAAAAACAAAACGAGCUACUGCAGAAGAAUGAAUCUUAUGAAAAUAAAAUAAAAUCUUUGAAAGACGAAAACUACAACCUAAAACAGGAAUUAGAAAGUUCAAAGAAGGAUAAAGAAUCUGAACAGCAGUUAAUACAAUUUAAACAGUCCAAUGAAAUGCUGCAACAAGAGUUACAGAAAAUUCAACAUGAAUAUAAUGUAAAUGUAGGUUCCCGUGAUGCUAGAAUUAAUGAACUAGAAAGCGUAUUACUGGAGUACGAAAAACAAAUGUUUAACUAUAGGAACAGUUUACAGCAAAAGGACAAAGAAAUGGCUGAAUACAUUAAUCAAAUAACCAAACUGAAUGACGUAUCACAAAAACUUAAGUCUACUAUAGAAUUGCUUGAAGAAGAAAAAGCAAAGGAUCAGAGCGCAGAACUUGUCAAAUCUCUGAACAAACAAAUAUCAGCAUACCAGAAAAAACUCGCUGACACUGAGGAGAAAAUUAAGGUUUUGGAAGAUGAGAAAAUGCAAUUGCACUGCCUUAAAGGUGAAUUGGUCAAUAAAAAUACAGCUAUUGAAUCUGAAUUGAAAAAGUUGAAAGAAGCAUUCAAUGAAAAACAAAGUCUUAUCAAAGAAUUACAAGUUCAACAACAAAAGCAUUUAGAAGAAAUGUCCACCAUAACACUUCAAACUAAAGAACGAGAUGAAGAAAUUCACGAAAUCAAGUUGCAACUUCGUAAAGAAUCUAUAGAAAAUGAAAAACUACGAAAUAGUAUUGCAGACAAAGAAAAACAAGUAGCGGAAUUGACACAUCAAAUAGAAGAAACUAAUAACAAGCUUCAUCACUUAUCUUCCGAGAAAAAUAACUCAUCUGAACAAUUUGUGGCUUUAGAAACUAAAAAUAAGGAGCUGUUGGAGAAAUUAAAGAAGUUUGCUUUGACCAUUAAAAAGAAGGCCGCGAUGUAUACUGAACUUGAAACACAUUAUGAUGAAAGUCAAAAACAACUUAUUGCGAAAAAUGAGCAAUUAGAACAGUUAUUAAUACAGGUUGAGACUCUCCCAGCAUUGCAAGAAAAACUGAAGCAUGCAGAAGAGGAAAUGAAUCGAUUACAAUCACAAAAGGUCUCCAUAGAACAACAGAGAUCUCAUGAUAUUAACCAGCUUCAAUUAGAAAUUAAAUCUUUGCAGGAGAGGAUACUGACGUCUUCCCAAGAAAUAUCUCAUCUCAAUGAUUCAGUGAAUGUUCUACACAAAGACUUGCACAUCGCACGCGAAGAAAAUAUGCAUUUCAAGGAACAGAUUGAUGUAUUAAAUAACAAGUUAGUAGAACAUGAAAUAGAGCAGAAGAACAAUACUAACUUGACCACGAAAAUAUCCAGUUUGGAAGCUGAUAUUAAUCAAAAACAAAUGCAAAUUGCUGAGCUAUUGAACAAAGUAGAGCAUUAUGAGAAUCAACAAAAUCAAGUGCAAUUUGGUUACGACGCUAAAGUUCAAGAACGUGAUUUGUACAUUGAAAACCUAGAAACUGAGAUCAGUAAAUACAAAAGUCGCAUUUGCCGCCUGGAAGAAAGUAUUUCAGUUAUGGAGGACAGAAGACAUUCCCUAGAGAGAAAAGCGGAUCAAUUAGGUAGUCAACUUCAAGAAAAACAGAAGGCUUACUCAGAAUAUACAAGUCAGGAGGAUGAGUUAGUGGGUCGCUUAGCUGUACUGAUGGACCAUGACAGAGUUCUUGAGAAACAAUUAUUUGAGAUUGACAAUGAGAAUAAGGAGUUGCAGUAUAAACUCCAACAUUUGAACGAGGAUAAUCAAAAGCUAAGGAAAGCUCUUUCGGAAAUACAGGAGCACUAUAAUGUUAUACUGGAUAAGGCCAAUAAGUUUGACUCCCUUGAAUCCGAAGUUUCGAAAUAUCAGAACCAAAUAAGAGAACUUGACUCAAACCUAAAAAGAGUAACACAUGACUAUCAAACUUUAAUAAUGCACAAGAAACAAGAAAUCGAAGAACUGGAAUCAGAAUUUAAUACACAAAUUGAAAACGCUAUUAAAGAAAAGAAAUCCCUAAACGAAAAAUAUGAGAAGGUGAAUGAAUAUGUAUCUCAAUUAGAGGCUAAACUACAAGAAUAUAAGACCAAUCUUGAAAAUAUGAGUAUAAAUAUUGAAGAACUCCAUAAUAUUAAUCAAGAAUUGGAAGAGAAAUUAUCUAACAAAAAAGAGGUCACGACGCCUGAUUAUACAGAACAGUAUAUAUCUGAAAUAAACAAACUAAAUGCUAUUGUUAAUAGUAAAAAUCAAGAAAAUGUAGAACUUAACAACAUGCUACAAAUUCAACAAACCAACAACGUCACAUUAUCAUCAGAUAUGCAAAGUAAAAUUUCAGAAUUGUUGGUUAAGUUACAAGCUUCUUCAUCUGAAUUAGAGAAAUUAACGUUCGAAACUCAAUCUUUAAAAGAGGCCAAUGAGCAAUUACACGCCAAACUUUCACAAAAAGAUGAACAGAUAAAAGAGUUACAAGAAAAUCAGAAGUUAACAUUUGAAAUGAACAUACCCAAAACUGAAGGAAUGAUUAUUUCUUCAACUAUUGAACAAUUGAGUGCAGAUACAAAGAAUAUUGAUAUGUCUGCUCUCGAAUCUCAAAUAGUUUCUGGGGUAGAAGAACCAUUAGUGGAAACCAAGCAUGUCUCUAAAAAAGUUUCCGAAAGCAUACAAAAGCAGCCCCCUGGACAAGAGGGAAUUGAAGAACCAAUGAUUACACCUAAAAAGGCGUAUGUUUGCUAUACAAAAGAUGAUGAUGAUAGUGCUCUACCUGAGGCAGAUCCUUUUAAUUCAGAUGAAGGUUGGGGAUUAGGUGAAUGCGAAGAAAUUACGAAUAUUACUCCUGGAUUUUCACAUUUAAAUGAUCAAAUUAACCAGCUUAAAGCAGAAAAUGAAGCCCUGAAGGCUGAACUCGAAGCAAAUAAUACAAAACUAUUAAAGGCGUUGAAAAAAUUAAAAGAAUUUAAGACCAAUAAUGAAAUGCUCAGCAAUGAACUUAAGUUAGCCAAGCAAAUGUCUCAGACAUCCUUCUUCGAUAAUGCAAUGGAGGAUGAAUUAAGGCUCAAUGUACAAGAAUUAGAAAAGAAAAUUGAAGAACUCAAUACAGAUAUAACAAAAGAAAAACGAGACAAAGACUCCUUGAGGAAACAGAACGAAAUCUUCCAGAACGCUAAUGAUAGACUGACUGAAAUGAAAGAGAAGUUAGAAAACGAAAUUGAAUUGUGGAAAUUUAAAUUCAAGGAAGCAAACGACAAAAUUUCGACAUUACAAUGGGGUGGUGACACAAAAGAUACGCAACCACAAGAACCUAAGUCACCAGUACAAAAUGUUGAUGAAAAUAAAUUCAAAGAAGAACUUAUGAAAAUUGAGAAAGAGAACGAUGAGUUACAAUCGUUAUUAGAUCAAUUAAAUGUUCAAAACAAAGACCUUCUAACACAACAAACAAUGCUACAAAAUGAAAUUGCUAAUCUUAAUAAGCAAUUGCAGCACCAGCAGACCCCUUGCCAGAAUUGUGCUCAAAUUCAAAGCCAGCUAGAAGAGUUGCAAACAGCUAAUAUUGAAGUAUUGAAAGCUAACGAGCUUUUAAAAGAAAAGUUGCAAAACAUUGAAAUUCAGUAUACAGACUUGUCGCAAUCUCAUGACAAAAUAAUUAAUGACAAUGAAGAAAUCAAAACAAGCUAUGAAGCGGAAAAGAUUUCAUUGUUAGAGAAAUAUUCCAAAUUAGAAGAAGAGACAGUAACUCUGAAACACUUCGAAUGUGAAGCCAAGAAUCAAAUAUCAACUCUACAGUCGGAACUAGAAAACCUUAAAUCAAAGUUACUUUGGCAUGAAGAACAACAAGGCCUCGAAAAAGCACCAAGCGCAGACAGUUUAGCUCUUGCUGAAAAAUGCAGUUCUCUGGAACAGCAUUGCAUACAAUUGAAGCAAAAUUUAGAUGAUGCAAACGCAAGAAUUGCACUGUUAGAGUCAGAAAAUCAGGAAUUAACAUUAAAAUCAAAAGAAUAUCAGGAGCACAUAAACGAAUUAAAUAUUAAGUUGCAAAAUUUGAAUGGAGAAAACGACAAUUUGCUAUCAACCGUUGCAGAAUUACGUUCGUCGGUAUCAAGUGCUGUGGACCAACGUGGCUUUGAAAUAGCAGAAUUAUGGAAGCAACAUUUAGCUCAAAGAGAAGCUGACUUCCAAAAAAUUGAAUCAGAAUUGAGAACACAACUUAGUGCUUCCGAAGCUAAAUAUGAGCAGUUACUUGAUAAUGUGCAGUCUUCUAAUCAAGAAGAAACUAGCAAAUUGAUAAUAAUGGAACAAGUUACCUCGUUACAAACUAAACUAGAAGACAAGGAAGAACAUGUUCGCAACUUACAAACGAAAUAUGCCGAAGUUAUGAACCAAUUAGAUAUGUUACGAUCAGAAAUGGAAGAUGAAAAAGUUGGCCAUGAAAAUAAAUAUUUAGAACAACAAGAGGAAUAUGAGAAAAUUAUUCAAGAGCUCACUGUAAAGAAUCAUAAACAUAAUGAAUCUUAUGAAGAAACUUUCAGAAAUAUUCAAAAUGAGUUAUUGGCAUUCAAAACCAAUAAUGAUGAGUUAAAUCAAGUUAUUUUGGAUUUACAUAGCAAAAUAAAAGAAGCAGAAGAAAAAGUUGUAGAAGUGACUAAUCAGCUUCGAAUGAAAGAAAGUGAAAUAUAUCAAAAGACACAUGACUACACCAUAACGUUAGCACAAAGGAAUGAAGAAUUUGAGAAUGUUAGAAAGCAAUUAUUGGAAUAUGAAAAGAAAGUGGAAGAUUUAAGCUUUGAAAAAGAAUCAGAGCUAGCAGUCCUUAGGCUAAAGAUGCACGAAAAAGAUAGUUUCUACGAAAAAGCAAGAAGCGAAGCAGAUUCAGAAAAAGAAAAUUUAUUAGAAGAAUUAAAUGUCAAAAUAAUAGAAUGUACAAAUCUGAACAAACAAAUAACUGACUUAAAUCAGGAAUUGGAGAGCCAUUCCACGAAGGCUGCGGAAAUGCAAGCCGCCUUAGAAAACCAAGAAAUUGAAAUAGUUGGUCUAAAUGACGAGAUAACGAAUUUACAAAAUCUGAUGAAAUCAUCCAGUUCAAAGAUACAAAAACACGUAUCGUUUGCGUCGGAUACCAAGCCUGGUGCUGAGGGUGAACAGACGGAAAAUGUUAUGAGCAAAGACCUACUGGACGCCGUGCCCAGAGCUGAACUGGACCUGGCACUCUACAUGUUGCAUCAGAGAGACGUUCGGUGCGAAGAGCUCACCAUGGAACUAACACAGUUGUUAGAAGAAAGAGAUACCUUACAGUUGCGACUAUCAGACAGUUUACGUUUGAAUGAAGAGAUGAAGAACAAGUUCAAAACAUCGGAGUUUGAGGAAUCCAUGAACUCUAGUCAGGAAACUAUAUCUGAACUGCCGAGCUUUACUGUAGAGAGAGAGUUUGUUGAUACCCACCGGGGGCAGACGUCGCGAAGCAGUAGUAUAAGUGAUCCUAGUGAAGGGGAGAAGCCAAAGUUGCAGGCCAAGUUGACGGAGCUCCGCACAGUGAGACACAGCCGGGACGUGCGGCUGCGCCAGGAGAGCGAGCAGCGUCAACUGGACCUGCGGCUGCUGCAGCGAGACGUUGCCCAUCUGCCGCCCGAAGCCGUCGACCAGCUCGCGCAAGCACAUCACACGCUCUCUCGGGAUUCCCAAAGUACAUCAACUGUUCUUCUAAACUGGCUCCGAGGGAAAAGUACGCCAAAAGUAGUCCACAUGUGAGUCGCGCAUUUAUUGUAUAGGUUAAUAUUAUAAUGAGGUUAAACCAGCCGUCCUCUAUCACGCCGAUGAAUUUUCGAAAUACAGAAACUUUCCUGUGAGUACGAGACCAAAAAAUUAGGUGCCUGUUAAAAUAAAAUUCUUUCUGCUUUUACUUGCAUUUAUGAAAAGAGCCACCACUCUGCACAUCACAAUUUUUAAAUGUUUCGCAAAACAUUUAGUAGUAAAUUGUGCCCUUAGAAACUUGCCAACGAAAAUAAAUAAUUACCAGAUCGUUUAUCUUCCCUAUUUUUUCUUGAAUCUAUAUCUUCCAUCUGUAACCUAGUACAAUAAUUAGUUACUUUUAUAUUUAUGGUCUGGUAUGCGAAAUAUAAAAUAAAUACGAUUCUUAUGCCCUGUUAUUGAUCGUGGACGGUUUUAAAAUAACGGGUGAGGUUCCUAAUAAACUUAUCCAUGUGGAGGAAACCCGGGCAUAAGAAAAACUAGAUUGGCAAGUACGAACGAACGAUAUAGUAACAUUUCUAAGUGUUGAGCUUAAUGCAUUCCUUCAUCAACCUUCCCUGUUUUCUUUCACUUGCGUUUCCUAUUUUCGUUGUAGACAAAGUAAUGUAUUAUGUAAUUAGUGAUGCUAGAUACGAAAAACCUGUUCCAUUACACUAUCCUAUUUAUUUUGUAUUCUUUGUUUUAUUUUUAUUAAUUUUAAAUUAAAUUGUGAUGUCAGUUAUUCAGCCAAUUGCUGAUUUGUUAAUUUUUGAAAUUGAUAUUUUCCAAAUGGUUAAAUCGUGCCUUUUCAUUCAUAGGUCAUAAUGUAAAUGUUAUCGUUGUUCACGUUAGCUGUUCACACUUGUAACAUGUAUUAUUAAAUUCGAAACCUGUAUAAUUUAUGUAUAUAACCAGCGGAUUCUACGUGAAUAAGAGUCCUUGUAUAUUGAAUUUGUAAAUUUGUUUCUUGAAUAAACAGUGUUCAUUUGAAAA